AUGAAGCUUAAUGUUUGGGAAACGUUACGGAUAUCGUACAAUCAUGGUUCAAAGAGAAAUGGAUUAUUAACAUCAAUAUUACAUGGUUUUGGUUUCGUCCUUGGAGGUUCGGUACUUGUUUUUGCAGUUAUUAGUUUCAUGUUCCCAUCUAAUUUUGCUACACUUGUAACUAAUCCCAUUAUUCUUAAAACUAAUAAUCUCGAAAGAUUUUCAUCUCCCCAUUCGCAAAAGUCCUCGAGUAAUGUUACGACUUCAAGUGUUGUACCCAUUGAUCUUCCUGGGAAAUUGGUGGUUACAGAAGAUAAUUUAGUUCCAACCUUAAGUACUAAUUUUUCUAGUGAUAGCAAUAGCAGUAGUACUAAAGCUUAUGAUCAGAAACAAAGAAAUGAGGGUAAUGUGGAUUCUUCUGGUGCUGGUGAUUGUAAUAUUUUUGAGGGUGAUUGGGUAAUGGCUAAUGAUUCAAAACUGUAUUAUCCUCCUGGUUCUUGUCCUUACCUAAAAAGUCAACGAUCUUUCGAUUGUCACAGUAACGGGAGACUGGAUGACGAAUACCUAAAAUGGCAGUGGCAGUGGCAAUCUCAUCCAACAAAUGCAGGGUGCAUUGAAAAUAUACCCAGCUUCCUUAAUGCAACCGAUUUCUUAGAGAGAUUGAGAGGAAAGAAAUUGGUGUUUGCAGGAGACUCCUUGAAUAGGAAUAUGUACACAUCUAUGGUGUACAUAUUUUGGAGUGUGAUUCCUGAUAAGAGCAGAAUUGAGAGAAGUGGAGGAGAUUUCACUACAGUAUACAAGGACUACAAUUGCACAGUAGCAUUUGUGCACACCGCAUUUCUGGUAAACCAUCUCGGGGUACAUACACCAGAAAAGGAGACCCUAAGAUUGGACCUGAUUGACGAGGCAUCAUCAUCCAGAUAUCAUGACGCUGAUAUUAUAGUUUUUGAUUCAUGGCAUUGGUGGGGUGAUGAUAAAACUCACUACGGGUACGUUACAUUAACACACCAAGGAUUUACAUCAAACUGCUUGAAUUUGUUGCCGGCCAUGAAUAUAUGCCUCACAUGA